UCCAUGAUCAUCAAAGAAAUUACAUAAUGGUAUGGUCAUCUUCAUUUGUUUAUUCUCAAGAUAUAAAGACAUGGGAAUCUAAAAGAGUUGCUGCUUUGAUAUUCUAUGUUUUUGUUACCUUGGUUUCUUGCCAAAGAAUAUAUGUAGCAAUUCGAGCACCUCUCCAAUAUCGUCAAAGAAAAGAGUUGACAGAGGCUUAUAUGGAGGCAGUGAUUCCUGAACCAUCUCCAAUUAAUGUUAGAAGAAAGAUGGGGGAAAGAGGAAUAAAAAGAAAGACGCUUUACUGGCUCCUCUCAGUUUUCAAUAAUCCAGCCCCUCUGUUACAUUGUGGGUUUAAGAAAGGCAUGUGGAGGAAGAUGACACCCAAAGGCUUGACAAUGAAUAAGUUUGUGGAAGGACCUGAUGGAACACUUGUUCAUGAUAGUUCUUAUGUGGGAGAGGAUGCAUGGUAUGAUGAUCCACAGCUUCCUCAGGACAAUGUGAAACAAGUUAUUGACAGUGAUGUAAAAUUUAAUCCAGAGGAAAAGAAGGAACUAGAGGAAGACUUGGGAAUAUCGGCUGAAGUUCAACAAGAUAGUGGAACAUGGCGUGAAAGGCUUCAAAAAUGGAAAGAGAUCCUUCAGAAGGAAAAGUUAGCUGAGCAGUUGGAUUCUGCCAAUUCUAAGUAUGUAGUUAAAUUCGACAUGAAAGAGGUUGAAAACAGUCUUUGCAAAGAUGUGGUAGAAAAGGUUACAGAGUCACAGGGAACAAGGGCAUUAUGGAUAGCUAAAAGAUGGUGGUUGUAUCGUCCUAGACUUCCGUAUACCUACUUUCUUCAAAAGCUUGACUGCUCUGACGUUGCUGCUGUUGUAUUUACGGAAGACCUAAAAAGGAUAUAUGUUACUAUGAAAGAAGGUUGAUAUCCCCCUAGACCCUUGCUUGUUUGAGAUUAUCUCAAGUUCUGGAGUUGAAGUUGAUCUUCUUCAAAAGUGCCAGAUUCACUACUUUAUGAAAGUUCUGAUUGCAUUGGUGCCUGGGAUACUUAUUCUCUGG